CUUCUCUUCCACUAUCAUGUCUGCCUCGUCAAAAGCAUCGACAACGACAACGACGACCGCAACGUCGAACUCAAUGAAGGCACAUGAUAUAGGCGAAACGUCCUCCAUCCCUUCUACCCCGCGAGACGGAACGUACAAGCCCAGCCAACCCCGUCAUCGUCCACUGACAGAGAUUAUCGGACAAACGUUCCCGUCGUUUGAUCACCAUUCCAUUGUAGUCAAGCCUUUUGAAGAAGAAUCAGCACGGGAUGCUGCCUUCUCUCAAGAACUCAGUGCGAUGUUGCUGGACGUGAUCCUCGAAACGCACGCCUGGGCAUCGGCACGACCCAAACAAGAAAGCCAAGUCGCGGUGCAGAAGUUCGAGAAAAAGAUAUCCCAAAUAAUGGGGGUCGAGAAAGAGCAAGAACAAACGCGGGAACGGCUCAACGAAUUCGUCUCUCGUAUGAAGACUGCUCUAGCUGCACUUACUGGUCUCGGUCUAUGAUAUCUCCUUUCAGUUGUGCUCGCUGUUGACUUGCUAUCGUGUAAUUGUUUAAAUGCUUCUCCGUUUUUCGUUACUGUUUGGACUCUCGCCGGCAUCAUGCAUUAUCAUCAAUACUGGAGACACCUGUACAACAGUUC